UGUCUUUCUAACGUUUAUUUGAACCCUACAUCUUAGCAACAACGUGUCCCUGCUUCGUGUAGACACAACAAGCCCGCGAACAUUUGGCCAAACUGCCUGCACGGUUCUGGCGCUGCCCAACACGUUCAAUACGUUGCACAAAAAGCUCUACCGGCUCCAGCUAGCCGGGCUAGGGCACUGUAGACAGCGGAACCCAGCAUGCUCAGUCCUUGAGCACUGCAUAUGUCCUAUUUAUUGGAGGUUCCAUCCACCGGACGAGUAGCUACAGCAUACAUGGCUUACCGCAGUCCUGCCCCCGCGCGCCCGCCCGGCCAAACACGCGUAUGGGAGGACCUGCGCAAGGAGGCACGCCGGCUAGAAGGCGAGCUCGAUGUGAAACUCGCGGCUUUCACCAAGCUGUGCUCCAGCUUUGAGGCCAGCUACAAGCUAAACACGGCAGAUAACUCGCUCGGGGCAGACCAGCAGCUCGCCCAGACGAAAGCUGCAGAAGUCGAGGACCUGCUGCAACGGCUGUCGGACAUCAACGAUGAGAUGGCUGCCAUCGUAGGCGGCAGCACGGACUCGCGUUCCCACACGCUCGCACGCCACCGUGACAUACUGCAGGAGUUCACGCAGGAGUUCCGCAAGGUGAACUCGACGCUGGGCGCGGCGCUGGACCGCGUCAAGCUGUUGGCGGGCGCCUCGGACAGCCCGCACCUCAGCGUGAACGUCCAGAACUCGUCGGGGGCGCUGCUGCGGGAACGCGGCGCCAUCCAGAACUCGGCCAACAUGGUGGACGACAUCCUGUCCCAGGCCGCCAACGUGAGCGGCAACCUGCUGGGGCAGCGGCGCGUGUUCGAGGGCGCGCUAGACAAGCUGGUGCAGGUGGGGUCGCGCUUCCCCGUGGUGAACGGGCUGCUCAACGCCAUUCGGCGGAAGAAGUCCAAGGACACGCUGGUGCUGGCGGGCGUCAUCGCCGCCUGCGUGCUGUUCACCAUCCUCUACGUCAUGGCAAAGUAGAAGUCUGUGUCGCAAGCAGUGCACUGUUAGCGUAUAGUCAUAGGGGUGUGGGGGUUAAGUUCAAGGGCAUGGGGCAUGGGUAGUGGUGGACUUAUGGCGGCGUGUGGGAGGUCGGGGUGGCCGCCGCGGGCGUGCAAGGUGCGGCAGCCGAGCGACGUGCCACAACGAGCGGGCAGGGACAGGAGAUGUGCAGUGGUUAGGCGUAUGAGUGACGGUGUGACGAAGUGAGGACGCAGGCGGUGUGAACUGCAGUGCGCACAGUGAUGGGAAACGGGCAGGUUUAGGCGCAUCGUCUUUCGGGCUAAGCAAGAUGUCAACCGUAGACGACGAUGCAAUUGGGGCAUGCGCCUAGGGAACCCCCAGUAGUGGACGCGCACUACCGCAUAGUGGAUUAAAAGGUUGACGAGGGUUUCCAUGGACGAGUACAGUUACAUGGACUAGUAGGGGUUGUAUUGGGGCCCGGUACUGCUGACCAGGGCCGCAGAUUAGCGCCGCUGUUAGGCGGAUGUUGGCGAUGCGGUGUGUCCGGCGUGAGUGACUGGCCACACAAGACGUGUGUGCAGCACUGGAUUCGUGGACUUGCGGGUGGGAUGGCACUGUCACCGUAUGCCACUCGA